AUGCACAAGGACAAUCACACCAUGGUGAUAGAAUUUAUUCUACUUGGAUUUCAUGAUCUUCAUAACUUUCAGAUAUUGCUCUUCCUGUUUUUAAUUGUAAUGUAUGCUGCUACAAUAGCUGGAAAUGUUCUGAUAAUUGUCUUAGUAACAACCUUUCAUCAAUUCCAUAUUCCAAUGUACAUCUUUCUCUGCCACCUCUCUCUCGCAGAUAUCCUAAUAAGUACUAACGUUGCUCCAAAAGCUCUACAAGUUAUAUUACUAGGUAGAAGCUCUACACCUGCUGGUGACUGCAUUACACAGCUGUAUUUCUUUGGUGUUUCAGCAAUUAUAGAAUGUUGUCUUCUUACUGUAAUGUCUUAUGAUAGAUACUUGGCCAUUUGUAAACCAUUACAUUAUACAACAAUUAUGAACAUUAUACUUCCACAUAUUCUGGCUCUUUGGUGCUGGGUGGCUGGUUUUGUAUUCGCUGGGAUCCCACAGUUUCUUAUAUCUGAACUAGAUUUCUGUGGCCCCAAUGAAAUUGACCAUUUCUUCUGUGACCUUGCUCCUGUUCUUGAGCUUUCCUGCUCUGACACAUCACGUGUACAAAUUGAAGUAUCCAUUGUGGUCAUUGUAAUGUGUCUCCUCCAGUUUUUCUAUGUGAUUGCAACUUAUGUCUGCAUAUUUUCUUCCAUCCUUCAGAUAUCUUCAAUCACUGGGAGACAUAAAGCUUUCUCUACUUGCAGUUCUCAUUUGACUGUUGUUUGUAUAUAUUAUGGGACAUUAAUUGUUCUGUAUGUAUCUCCGUCAAGAGGAUAUUCACUGAAUUUUAAUAAGGCCCUGUCUUUUCUGAACACUGCAGUGACUCCAUUGUUUAAUCCUAUUAUAUACAGUCUAAGGAACAAAGAUAUUAGAGAAACCAUACAAAAUGUGAUUAGUCACAAAAUUACUCCCAUGUAG